AUGCCAUAUAGCAGAGAUGUUGCUGGUUCCGUCAGCGGUAGAACCGUUUUCGUUGGUAUGAGCAAAUAUCGAGUUCAAACGGAGGGUGCGAAAAGGAAAGUUCAGAUGACAUGCCGAGGAAGGCCUCGGGAGCCUUCAGCCGUGACAGUUGACAUGAGUAUGAUUCAGAAGGCCACGCAGUUUGACAAGAAGCGGUGCGCUCUAGGGCUCUAUCCCUGGGGGAUUCAGGCGAACUGCAGAGAUCCAAGGGCGGGUGCAUGUGCCGGUCUGUCCUGUGAGGCAACUCCGGCGAAGUGA